AUGACUCUGUCUGUAGGCUAUGCCAUAUCAAGCGAAUCUUAUGCCCUGUGUAAGAUAGAUAAAUCAGCAGUGAUAAAUAACAAGAUUAUACUGCGAGAUGGAAUAGUAGAUGCCGACUCUGAUUAUUUGGUAAUUUCCUGUAGGGAGUGGGAUAGUCUAAUCAGUGUACAUUCGUAUGAUGAAGAAGUGCCUUUUGGGACUAUACACAUCAAUCUAACAGUAAAUACAAAUGAAAUUGUAAAGAAGUUUACAGUGCCGGCAGACCAGGUUCUAUUUGAUGUAAUUAAGAUAGUGCUGUAUACAGAGAAGAUGUCGCGAGAUGAGUUUACCAAUAGGUUUAGAUAUGAAAUAACCCCGAAUCUAGGUCUAGAUGAGAAAUUAGUGCGGGGUGAAGCUGAGGAUGUAUGCAUAGAAAUAUUUGAGGUUAGUAGAGAGAAUGUGCCAGAAAAGGAAGAGUGCAAGCCAGUUGAAUUUAGAAAUGUAGGUCUUACCUGCUACAUGAACACUGCUCUGCAGGUCCUGCUGGGCGUGGGUGAACUAUCAAGCGCAAUUGAAGAAAUGAGCAGAGAUGAGAUAUGCAAGUAUUCAGAAAGAAAGGACAGUAAGAAGGGAUACAACAGAAAAAAGUGUGGUGACCUUUUAAAUGCGUAUAGAGAACUAAUCAGAACAGUUAGAAAAAAGGGGGACUGUGCAGGGAAAUUGAGAGAGAUCAAAAGAGCAAUAGGCGCCAUUGACAAUCGAUACAGAGGGUGUACAGAAGAAGAUGCUGGCGAGGUUUUUUCGCUGAUACUAACGAAUUUUAACUACCUGUUUGAAAAAACAAAGUAUGCAAAAUUAAUACCCGAUCUGUUUAUGUACUCUGCAGAGAGCGUGCGUAUAUUUAAAGAGGGAGAAGAGGUGGUGAGCAAAAAAGUCAAGCCGCUUUACAAAUCGUUUGUGCUGAACGGAUCUUUCGGGUCUGAAGGUGGACCGCAUUCACACGUGCUUGUAAUACACAAGAAUCAGCUGAUUGUGACUGGGCUGUGCAUACACUCAGAAAGAGAUACCAUUGGAAAUAUUAAGAAAAAGAUUUCAAAUAGCUUCCACGUGGAGACAAGCAAAAUAGUAAGCAUACUUAUAUCUAACGGGAAGGUAGGAAAAGUAGCAGAUGAGGACCUGCUGGCCUGCAAGCGAAACCUUCUGGAGCAGCCUAUUUUCUACAUAACAGAUGAGGAAAUAGAGUCGAUUGAAUUUUUGUUUAUAAGCUACACCCCGAUUGCAGAGGGCCUUGCCUUCUUUACCUCACUGUUCAGCGGACUAAAAAACGUAUUUCAGAUACCUUUUCUUGUAAGAAAAAAGUGCAAUAUAGCGCAGUUUUUGGAGAGCCAUUUGCGUAUAAAGCGGCGAGAUGUGCCAAACACAGUGCUUGACAUACAGCAAAACAUUGAAAGCACAGAAAAACACUUUGGAUCGAUGGUUGUUGUUCUUUCUAAUAAGUACUGGGAUGCAACUGCCCAUAUUGACAUUAUUAAGAACAGAAAGUAUGAAGUGAAAGAGUGUGUGCAUGUUCAAUGUGUAGUGAGCAACUGGGAGAACUUAACAGUUAGAGAAAGAACGCCUGAAGAUACAGAGAAGUUUUCUUUUGAUGCGGUAGAAGAGUCUACUAAAUUUAGAAGGUUUUCAAAGUACUUUUGCGUGCAACUUCCAGUUGGUCUGGGAAGGCCAUUUAAAGGCGACAAGUCAGACAGGCAAAAACUCUUUGUAGAGAAAGAUGGCUUGGUUUUAGAUGGCGCAGUGUACUCUCUCGUGGGAAUACUCGUUCACCAUAGCUUCGGAAUUGGCGGGCAUUAUGUGGCAUUCACAAAAAGAAAUAAUACGUGGUACCACUGCAAUGACAGCACAAUCACUAAGUCUUCUGUAAAUGAGGCAAUAUCCACAGGCUAUCCAUACGGAAUAUUAUACAAAAGAUCUGAUCUAUGUACGCAGUGAAUGAUUUGGGGUUUUGCUGGCGUAUUUAUAUCGUGCAGAUGAAUAUACCGUAUGUCUUAAUUGAAAUGUGAAUCCCCUUCACAGUGCUAAUGAACUACUUCUAUUUAAUCUAUAAUAGAAAUGAUUUAUGGCACAUAAAUGCCUAUUGUGUUUAGUUAAUUGAGUCUCUUCAAAUGCACGCCUGUUGUUUAUACUGGGCUGCUUUUAUACUGUGAUAAAGCUGAUUUUACUGCUUCAGAGU